AUGAUCCUUCCCAAAUCUGAGAUCCUGAUGCUCAGAGAAAACCCCUGGUGGCAUCUGCUUCUUUCUCCACUGUUUCCUAUUGAGAACAUUGAUACCUGCCUUGGAUUCCUGGCAGCCAGAGGGGUGAACAUCCAGGGGCUCUGUGCAGAGGAGAUUCGUAAUGGGAACCUGAAGACCAUUCUGGGUCUGUUCUUCAGCUUGUCCUGCUACAAGCAACAGCAGCAGCAGCAGAAGGUGUUGAAACAGCAGGCCUCUCAUCAGCCAAAGCACAGCACCCAGCCUGGACAUACUCCCCAUAGAUCACCAGCCCUCUCUCACACCCACACCCAUCAUACCCACAGCUCCACUGCACCAGAACACAAAGCAGCAUCAGAUAUGCUGUCCAGACUGCCAGGCCCCACCACGCGAGUCUCAGCCCCAGGCAGCGAGGGGAAGCAUCGCGGGGCCUCCAACAGCAACCGCCGCAGCCAGCGCUUCAACCACCAUGACAUGCCCAAGUCCUCCAGCAGUGACAGAGAGAGAAGCAUCACGGCCUCUCCCAUCAUGACUGAGCACAGUCUGUCUCCAGGGCCCAUCAAUGGCUGCUCUUCCUCCUCCAACCCCCAGCCCAAUGCAGGCAACAGCAGCAAGCCCUGGAGGAGUAAGUCCCAGAACACCAAGCACAGCACCACCUCCUCCAUGCUGUCCGUCAAGCAGGACCCUCUCACCAGGCAGCCCGUGGCCACACCCCUAGAGGUCCUCCCUAAAGUCAUCGCCCAGAAGUCCAUGCUGGAAAAACUCAAGCUUUUCAACAGCAAAGGAGGCUCCAAGGCAGCUGGAGUCCUGACUGACAGGCCGACAGGGCAGGAGACGGAGUCGAUGGAGUCGCUUCCCACCAGCAGUGACCACCUAGAGGAGGCAGAGGGGAACUCCCGGCCCCCCAGUGUCAUGGCGACCAGCCCCAAGCUUGCCCUGAAGGGCAUUGCCCAGCGCACCUUCGGCAGGGCCCUCACCCCCCGGAAGAGCUCUCUGAAGACUGGGGAGAAGGAGAAGGACAAGGCCAGACCCAAGGAGAGGGACAAGGCCCGGGAGGGAGGCUCCAAGCGGGGGUUCGUCACAGAGCAGGAGGAGCCCAGGGAUGACACCAGGCAGGAGGGAGUAGGUUCAGACUCAGCAGAGCCCAAGAGGAACACUAAGAGUACCAGCCUCAUCCCAAAAGGAGGCAAGGCUGGCAGUGGCAAAAAGGAGGUCUCAGCCCCAGCAGCACACAGCGGAAUACAAAAGCCAGGGUUCAAGGCAGGGAAGACCUCAGGGGUGCCCUCUUCUGGUCGAGAUGGAGACAGGCCCAGCAGUUUGAGGGCCGGUGGGGGUUGUGGUCACUCGGUGCACAAGUGCCAGCUGGACAGCAGAAGCUCCAGCUCCUGCUCCAGCCUGGCCUCCUCUGAAGGGAGGUCUCACCAUCAACACCACCACACCAACGGAGCGCCCCCAGUGGCCACCACAGCCAGCAACACCAUCAGUGUCCAGCUACCUCAUCCUCAGCAGCAAUACAACCACCCCAACACUGCCACUGUCGCACCAUUCAUGUACAGGUCUCAGCCUGAUGUGACUGGAGCAGACAUGAUGAUGGAGGCAGCGGGGUCACUGGAGGGUCACAGAGAGACUGCAGCCAUCAGCAAGUCAGCAGACAACUCCCAGGAGGACCUCACAGGUAACACUGGGUCACUGUGA